UGAAAUUCAAUCCCCACUAAUGGAGGGAUGACUCUUCUUCCUCCAUUUCCGUCCAUGUUCAUCCCUCGUUUAUACGCCGUCGUAUUUUUAUUUAGGGUUUAAGCCUUUUUUAGAACCCCUCUCUCUCUCUCUCUAAAUCAUGAAAUGAUGGGUAUACCUACUACUACCACCACCUUUAUAUAUUUUCUUCUUCCCGAACCGAUCCACAGGCUGCAGGGAGGCAGAUUCCAUUCCAUUACCCAGAAACCUUGAUCUUCUUUUGCAAUUCAUAGAUCGGUCCGAUCUAGUCUUGAUAUAACACCCCCUUCUCUAUACUUGAACCCCCGCCCACCCAAAAAAGGAAAGGGAUCUAUCUCUGUCCCCAUCUUUAUGCCAUAGGAGAAGAGUGCCUCCCCCCUGGUAUAUCCUGCGCAUUGUUCUUCUUUUCAAGUGCUUUUUCUUUUCUCUUCAGUUCUUGGAUUUUGGAGAAUAUGGUGGUGGGCAUGGCUCAGCUUCAGCUUCGUUACUCUGCUUCUUCUAUUCCCAGGCAAUACCAAUACAGCCGCAACGUCUCCGAUGAUCAUCGCUUUGGUGCUACUUCUAUUUCUUUUCCCUUUUCUUCUUCGUCAUCUCAAAACUGCUCCCUUCAUCCGAUCCACCACAAGCUCUCCAAACCCUACAUCUUGGGUGGGAAAUCCGAGCUUCCCUUCGCCGGAGGCGGCGAUCGCAACAAUGGGAUCGGGCACGGCGGUGGCGGCGGAGAUAAUGGAGGCUUCAGUGGAGAUGGGAAUGAUUUCGGAGAUUCAUCAUCGUCUUCUGGGGCUGGUUUUGGGAUUCUGGGUCUUUUUCUAAACGGAUGGAGAUCCAGGGUUGCGGCUGAUCCCCAGUUCCCUUUCAAGGUUCUCAUGGAGGAAUUGGUGGGAGUCUCCGCUUGUGUUCUCGGGGACAUGGCAUCCCGUCCCAACUUCGGACUCAACGAGCUUGACUUUGUUUUCUCCACGCUCGUUGUCGGAUCCAUAUUGAACUUCACUCUUAUGUAUCUUUUGGCACCAACCCUGUCUGCAUCGUCCCCUAAUCUCCCUUCCAUCUUUGCCGGUUGUCCCACGAGCCAUAUGUUUGAACCGGGUGCCUAUACCGUUUUCAAUCGGUUUGGGACUUUUGUGUACAAAGGUGUAGUCUUUGCUGCGGUUGGGUUCGCCGCGGGGCUUGUGGGGACUGUCCUCUCAAACGGGUUGAUCAGUCUAAGGAAGAAGAUGGACCCCAAUUUCGAGACCCCAAACAAGGCUCCUCCGACGCUUUUAAAUUCCCUCACUUGGGCCGCUCACAUGGGUAUUAGUAGUAACUUCAGGUACCAAACUUUGAAUGGUAUCGAGUUUGUGCUGGCUAAGGGGCUGCCUCCUUUGGCGUUCAAGUCCUCGGUGGUGGUUCUCAGAUGCUUGAAUAAUGUUCUUGGAGGUAUGUCAUUUGUGAUUCUGGCCAGGAUGACGGGGUCACAGAGCGUUGAGGAAGCAAAGCCCGUUGCAGGAGAGGUUGGAUCCGUCCCAGAGAAGGAGAAGUUGAUUGAUGGGGCUGAGCAUAUCCAGAGCAAUCCGUCGACUUGCAAGUGAUGUAUUCCAAUUGGGUUCAUCUUCAUUUCAGCUUUUUUGGCUCUUUUUUUAGUAGGCAUGUUUUUAGAAUUUUCCGAUCAUUUUGCAUAUGUUCCUUACUUUGGCUUUGCUUUGAGGGCUCAUUCCGAUCAUGAUAAUAAUUUUGUGGGUAAUAAGAACUUCAAUCUUAUUUCUA